AUUUUUCUCACAGUACAUGUCGUAACUACACAAUGGCCUGUACAUUACCACUGGCAUUCCUUGUCCUUCAUGGAUUUCUCUCUCUUUCAGCAGCAGAUUCAUGCGAUUAUUAUUUCCAACCUGGAACUGACUUCUCCAUCCCUCUUAAUUACAAUGAAUUGAGUUCGAAAGAAAUAACCUGGAAACACAAUGGCAGCGUUAUAUUUAAAAGAAAGAAUGGAAUGUUCAAACCAGGCAAGGCUGAGGACAUCUUAGAUGAUGGGUCUCUCCAGCUCAAAGGCCUGGCGUUGGCAAACGAAGGUACUUACAAAGCAGAGGUGUUCAACAGCGACGGGACAAGCAUCAAAGAACAGUCCUUCAGGCUGUGUAUGAAGGAAAAGGUCUCCAAGCCCUCAGUGAAAUUCACCUGUUCUGCUAAGGACGUCACCUUUACCUGCACCUUGACCAACACUGAGGGAGUGACUUUCAAGUGGAGCCGGAACGAACUGCCUUUAAAUGGGGAAACAAAAACAACCUUUAUCAUCGAUCUGAAACACCUGAAAGAGCUGGACAACUUCACCUGCUCUGCAGUCAACAAGGUCAGCAUGGAGAAAAGUGACCCCAUCAAACCAACAUGUAACGAUUCAUGUGAUUAUUAUUUCCAACCUGGAACUGACUUCUCCAUCCCUCUGAAAUACACUGACUUGAGUUCGAAAGAAAUAACCUGGAAACACAAUGGCAGCGUUAUAUUUAAAAGAAAGAAUGGAAUGUUCAAACCAGGCAAGACUGAGGACAUCUUAGAUGAUGGGUCUCUCCAGCUCAAAGGCCUGGCGUUGGCAAACGAAGGUACUUACAAAGCAGAGGUGUUCAACAGCGACGGGACAAGCAUCAAAGAACAGUCCUUCAGGCUGUGUGUGAAGGAAAAGGUCUCCAAGCCCUCAGUGAAAUUCACCUGUUCUGCUAAGGACGUCACCUUUACCUGCACCUUGACCAACACUGAGGGAGUGACUUUCAAGUGGAGCCGGAACGAACUGCCUUUAAAUGGGGAAACAAAAACAACCUUUAUCAUCGAUCUGAAACACCUGAAAGAGCUGGACACCUUCACCUGCUCUGCAGUCAACGAGGUCAGCAUGGAGAAAAGUGACCCCAUCAAACCAACAUGUAACGCUGUCUCAAAAUCGGGUGAUCGGCAUUUACUGUUUGGUUUUGAUUUCUAGACCAUGGUGGGCAUCCUGGCCGGGGGAGGGGGCUUGGUACUCCUCCUCAUCAUCAUCACCUUGGUGUGCUGUUGCCUCAGCCGACGCAAGAGCCAGAUGCGCUUUGAAGAGUUGAGACUAGCCCCCCUGACCAAGACCCAGCAUCCUUACCACCCAGAGGGCCAGACAAAGCAUCCUUCUCAACCAGAGGGCCAGAAGCAAAGGCAGAGACCCCCAGGUGAGGCCCCACCUGGUUCCACCGGCCCCAGGCCCACGGCAAGAGCCUCCAGCCAGGCCGCGCCCCAACCCAGAGCCCAGGCUCGAGGGAGGCCUCCACAGACACCAAUGGAUGACGAUGAAGAGCAUCCCCCACCGCUACCCCAGCCCAGGAAGAAAGGCCCUCACCCCCCCAGGCAAUGA